AAUGAUGUGGAUGAGGCAUUUGGUGCCUCUAACGCCGUACCCCGAACUGAUGCUCACCCUAUCACGCGGGCCGUUGCCCAGGCCAUCGCUGAGGUCAAAAAUGUUCAUACUGCGAGCAUACUUCCUUACCGACGAGCUCCUAUGUUUGAGCCUUCACUUCCUGCAAUUUAUGAGGAAGGUUACUACGCCGUCUUGGGGCGGACUGAGAAGAACAAUCAGCACUCCGGAUUAAGCAGCUAUGGAACUAAGAGUGAUACAAUGAAGGCUUGGGAGAAGGACAGCUUGUCUAUGAUGCAAUUGAGCACAAAUAAAACUAGUCAACUCAGCAAUUUCACAGCCUCUGACCUCGAAGACUCUUACAAGCAGGCUGGGUUUGCUCAAAUUCCCCUUUGA